GAUAUUGGUUCUUUUAAAAAGUCUUGAUCUUUACCAUUGAUGUUCCUGAUUCUUUGUUCAAACUUCAAACUUAGAGAGUGAUAACUUCUCAAAGUUCCCUAAUUUCUUAUUACACUGAAGGGAUAAGUAAGCAGUGAUAAAGUGAACCAAAGAAUUGAUAAAAUUUGUGUUACGAAUACUAUUUAUUAUUUGAUUUUCUAUUCCUAGAUUAUUGAUGAUGUUUGGGAUCGCUAGAUUAUCUAAAUUUUCUAUAUUGAUAAUAAAGUAAAAUCUCCAUAUUCUUGGUUCUUCUUCUAGGCCUUAAAGUUUUAGGUUCGGUUUGUGAGCAGCAUUCACUUUACUUUUCCAUUGGGUUGUUAGAGAAGAGAAGAAGAUGCCUUAUGUUCCCCCUCAUAAACGACCUUCAAAGGAAAAUGACAAGUCUUCAAAGGGUCUACCAAAGCCAGAGUUGCCUCCUCCUCUGUUCAACAAAAAUCUCAAACUCAAGUCUCCUGGAGGAACUAGUGCCCAAUACCAGAACACAGGUUAUGAAUAUGAGGAUAUAUUCAGAUGGUUCGCUGUUGGGUUGGAUGAUCAUAAUCUCUUGCCACCUUCUGUUCAUCUCCAACCUAUUUCUGAGGAAAACCUCGAUGGAAAAUUUGUAAAGCGUCUAGCUUUAUAUCAUGGCAGUGAUCUAACCGAAGAAAGUAGCAGCACAGUAGUAACUGAGAGCUUUAUAAGGAGACCAUGGGAAUACAUUGCAGACACUGUGCUUCCAGACUUGGUUUCCUCUUUCGAAGAUUUAAGAAGAGAAAUAGAGUCUCAAAAGCUUGUGGGAAUUAAGCCAAUUAUAAUCACUAGAUUUGGCAAAGUUCUCUUUUCUGGGAGGCCUAGUCUGCUUUCUGAGGACAAACUAAGGCCGUUGAGAAGAUCAUUUAACACAAACAUUCCAGAUUCAUUUGUCAAUUACAUAACAAAGGAAGGUGUCUCAAAGAAUGGACUUGAAUUUGCAAAAGACAAAGAAGCAUAUCAUGUGUUUCUUUCUGAUUUCAAUCAAUCAGGAGAAGAUAUUUUUUGCGAUUGUAGGGUACUAAAAGAAGAUGCAAAACUUCAAAUAUACAAGAUUAAACGUUCUUAUGUGCGACACAUGCUCAGGGACAUAUCUUGCCUUGAAAAAGAUUUGGACAUGAGGCUGGAUCUAUGCACCAGAAGACCUGUUACUGCACUUACUGAUGAUGAACUGCAAAGCAUUAAAGAAUUGAUUGAUUCAGCUAUUUUAGAUAGAGAAGUUAAGGGUGGACUGAGAUGGCCCUUGGGGAAGGCAGUUUCUGGAGAUAAAAUUCGUGUGACUGCAGUCUGGCAUGUAAUAAGUAAUAAAUACAAAAAUCCAUCACUAAAGCUGAAAAUAAAAAAUGUUGAUCGGUAUAAAUUUUUAUCAUCAACUGGGGAACCUACAAGGGAGGUUGUUAUAAUGCUAAAAGGAGUAGCUUCAGAAUUAAUGAAACAAAAGGUUGAUAUGAAUCUCACUAGUGAGAUGUUGAAAGAUGACUUGAAGGCUCUAUGGAACAACUUUCUUUGCUGUGAACGCUUUCCAUGAUGAUGUUUGGCAAUGUAAACUCAGUAUUUAUGAACAGUAUUUUCAUUUGAACAAAGGGAAGAAAUCUUGCAGUUUUAUUUGAGAUAUUUUACUCCAAGUUCUUUGUUUUGAUCUCACAAGUGUACUACUUAUACGGUGAAUGUGUUCUUAUGUGUAAUACAUAUAAGUUGAAUAUAUA